AUGCUCCCGCCCCCCAGCAGCAAAAUGCUCGACCCUACCGUACCCCCCAAGAAUCUCACCCUGGAGGCCCUCCCCACCGCCAUCAGCACCCUCGAGCUCAACACCGCCCACCUUGAGAACGCUCUCUUCACGCAGCAUGAAGCCCUCACGGCCAUAGACGAGACCUCUGCCACCACCGCCGCGCUGAAAGAGCGCGCGACUAUAGCCCUUCGCACCCUUGAGAGCGCCCAGGUCAGAACCCAGGAGCUGUGUAUGAGGCUGGUCGAGAUCGGGCUCAAGCUGGACGAGCUCCCGGAUGGCGCCGAGGAGGUGAUGAGAAGGAGGUUUUUGGUGGUGGACCGCAGCUUGGUGGCGGCGGAUGAAAUGGCAGAGGGGUUGAUGGGUUGGGCGGAUAGGGUCUAUCUUGAUGCAUAUGAGCGCGAGAGGGGGGAGGGGGGCGGGGUCUGGAUGAUACCGGUUGAGGAGGAGGAGGAGGAGGAAGAAGAAGAAGAAGAAGAAGAAGGAACUGAAGAGGAGGAAGAAGAAGAGGAGGCCGUGACUAGCGAUGAGGAGUUUUGA